UUCUACAGCUCCAGGCACAGCCUCUGCUCUGAUCUCACUCAGGAUGAGACGCAAAUGUUUCCUUUUCGUAGCUAUCUUCUUUCUUCUCUUCCCUGCACUCUCCUCCUGCCCAAGCCGAUGUCUGUGCUUCAGAACCACUGUCCGCUGUAUGCACUUGAUGCUGGAUCACAUUCCCAAAGUAGCACCGCAGACUGUUAUCCUGGACCUGAGAUUUAACAGGAUCAGAGAAAUCCCACCAGGAGCCUUUAAGAAGCAGAAGAACCUGAACACACUAUUAUUGAACAAUAACCAAAUUAAACGAAUACCAAGGAAAGCAUUUGAGGACUUGGACAACCUGAAAUACCUCUACCUGUACAAGAACAACAUUCGUACAAUUGACAGGCAAGCAUUUAAAGGGCUUGUGUCACUGGAGCAGCUAUACAUUCAUUUCAACCACAUAGAGAUACUAGAGCCAGAAACUUUUAGCGAUCUUCCCAAACUAGAGAGAUUAUUCUUACACAAUAACAAAAUAUCAAGAAUUCCUGCCGGAACCUUCUCUCAAUUGAAUUCACUAAAACGACUCCGCUUGGAUUCCAAUGGCCUGGUGUGUGAUUGUCAGCUAAUGUGGCUGGGAGAAUUACUGAAGAACUAUGCUCAAAGCAGCAUCACCCAAGCUGCUGCAACAUGCGAGUAUCCCAGGAAAUUACAGGGAAGAUCAGUUGCUUCAAUAACAAUGGAGGAGUUUAACUGUGAGAGGCCACGCAUUACUUCAGAACCCCAGGAUGUGGAUGUAACCUUAGGAAAUACUGUCUACUUUACCUGUAGAGCUGAGGGGAACCCCAAGCCAAAAAUUGUCUGGCUGCACAAUAACAAUGAAUUACACAUGAAAAAUGACAUUCGUCGGAAUUUACUAGAUGAUGGAACCUUGAUGAUCCAGAAUGCACAGGAAUCUGACCAGGGAACAUACCAGUGCAUGGCCAAAAAUGUAGUGGGAGAGGCCACAACUCAAGGCGUUUUACUCCGAUAUUUUGGUACUCCAACCAAGCCCAGUUUUGUGAUUCAGCCACAGAACACUGAAGUUCUGGUUGGAGCAAGUAUCACUCUGGAAUGCAGUGCCAUUGGACAUCCGCAGCCUCGAGUUACAUGGACAAAAGGAAAUGGAGAACUGCUCCCUCCCCACUCCAGGUACACCACCACUCCCUCAGGUGGCCUCUUUAUUCGGAAUGUUACCCUGCAGGACCAUGGCCAGUUCAUCUGUCAUGCCAGCAAUAAUCAAGAUUCCAUCCAGUCCUCAGCAUCCAUCAUUGUACAAGCUCCCCCUAGAUUCACAGUUAAACCUAAGGACCAGGAAGUCACUGAGGGGCGUACGGUCGAUUUUGACUGUGCAGCUGAAGGUAAUCCAACUCCAAUCAUCGCUUGGACCAAAGCAGGAGGUCAGCUUCCCAAUGACAGAAGGCAUGCAGUGUUACCCACAGGAACACUGAGAAUUGUGGAAGUAGCCCCUCAUGAUCAGGGCCAGUAUGAAUGCCAGGCUAUCAGUAUCGUACAAGUUAAACUAGUUCCAGUGCAUCUAAAAGUGCGGCCCAAAGUGAUACCAGUAUUUACUGAUGUGCCACGGGAUAUCACCGCUGAGGUUGGCCAAGAUGUAGAGAUAUCCUGCAGUGCUCAAGGAGAUCCACAUCCCACAAUCACCUGGACUAAGGAUGGAGUUCAAAUCACAGAAAGUGGAAAAUUCCAUGUUCAUGCAGAAGGAACGCUUGCUAUCAGGGAUAUUGGGCAAGCAGACGAAGGAAGAUAUGAGUGUGCUGCAAGGAACAUGAUUGGCCAAGCAACAACAAAUAUGCUGCUAAAAGUGACCAUUCCUGAGAGGGGUCGGACUGGUGACAACUUUGUUGAGUCUUCCAUUCGUGAAGCUAUUCAUAGCGUUGACAGUGCAAUUAAUUCCACACGCAAGAAACUAUUUAACAAAAGCCCACUUAGUCCAAAUGACCUGCUGGCUUUGUUCCGCUAUCCACGCGAUCCCUUUACUGUGGAGACAGCAAGAGCAGGAGAGAUCUUUGAGCGGACCUUGCAGCUGAUACAGAACCAUGUCAAGCAAGGCUUAACUGUGGACUUCAAUGACAUAGACUUCCGCUACAAUGAUCUUGUUUCUCCACGUUAUCUGGACUUAAUAGCCAAUCUCUCUGGGUGCACUGCUCAUAGGCGGUUCCCUAAUUGCUCAGACAUAUGCUAUCACCAAAAGUAUCGAAGCCACGAUGGCACGUGUAACAAUCUCCAGCAUCCAAUGUGGGGGGCAUCACUCACAGCAUUUGAAAGAAUCCUGAAGCCAGUUUAUGAAAAUGGUUUUAGUCUCCCAAGAGGUACUGAAUCCAAUCGUUUAUACAGUGGCCAUCCAUUACCUCUCCCUCGCCUUGUUUCAACCACAAUGAUUGGGACAGAGACAAUAACUCCAGAUGACAGAUUUACACAUAUUCUAAUGCAAUGGGGCCAAUUUUUGGACCAUGAUUUGGACCUAACAGUGCCAGCUCUUAGUAUGUCACGGUUUUCUGAUGGACAGUCUUGCAGCUCCGCAUGUAAUAAUGAUCCCCCUUGCUUUCCGAUUAUGAUUCCAGAAAAUGAUCCUCGAGUAAGAAAUGCAAGGUGCAUGUUUUUUGUUCGCUCCAGUCCAGUUUGUGGCAGCGGUAUGACUUCCUUACUGAUGAAAUCAGUGUAUGCUAGAGAGCAGAUUAAUCACCUAACAUCAUACAUAGAUGCGUCUAAUGUAUAUGGUAGUACAGACCGUGAUUCCAUGGAAAUUAGAGAUCUUACAAACCAACGCGGUCUGUUAAAAGAAGGUGAAGUUGUGCCACGAUCGGGUAAACACAUGUUGCCUUUUGCCACAGGCCAACCUAUAGAAUGCUUGAAGGAUGAGAAUGAAAGCCCAAUUCCUUGCUUCCUUGCAGGAGAUCAUAGGGCGAAUGAACACGUUGCACUGACAGCCAUGCAUACGUUGUGGUUCCGAGAACAUAAUCAUAUUGCCACUGAACUACUGAGAUUGAAUCCUCACUGGGAUGGGGACACUGUUUAUCACGAAUCACGAAAGAUUGUUGGAGCACAGAUGCAGCACAUCACAUAUAACCACUGGCUCCCUAAAAUCCUGGGAGAUGUGGGGAUGAAAAUGAUAGGACCAUAUAAUAGCUACAAUCCAAAUAUGAAUGGAGGAAUUUUUAAUGCUUUUGCCACAGCAGCUUUUCGGUUUGGUCACACAUUAAUCAAUCCGAUUCUCCAAAGACUGAACAGUUCUUUUCAACCCAUUCCAGAAGGUCACCUUCCUCUUCACAAGGCUUUCUUCUCUCCCUUCAGACUGAUCCAAGAAGGGGGUAUUGAUCCACUUCUCCGUGGCCUUUUUGCUUCUGCAGGGAAAAUGCGAGUCCCCUCGGAGGUUCUCAAUUUGGAACUGACGGAGAGGCUCUUUUCCAUGGCUCAUGCUGUAGCUUUGGACUUGGCAGCAAUGAAUAUCCAGAGGGGUCGUGAUCAUGGCAUUCCUCCGUAUCCCGACUACAGAGUAUUUUGUAAUAUGAGUACUGUUCGGAACUUUGAGGAUUUACAAAAUGAGAUCAAGAAUCCACAAAUUAGAGACAAACUUAGAAGGUUGUAUGGUACACCACAGAAUAUUGACUUAUGGCCAGCUCUGAUGGUUGAAGAUAUAAUUCCUGGGACAAGAGUGGGACCUACACUGAUGUGUCUAUUUGUAACUCAAUUCAAAAGGCUGAGGGAUGGUGACAGGUUCUGGUAUGAGAAUCCAGGGGUAUUUACCCCAGCUCAAGUAACACAGCUGAAACAAAGUUCUCUUGCGAGUGUGCUCUGCCACAAUGGUGACGAUAUUCAGCAGAUCCAGCCGGAUGUCUUUUUAAAAGCAGAGUACCCUCAAGGAUAUGUAACCUGUGAUGAGAUUCCAAAAAUUGAUUUGCGAUUAUGGCAAGAUUGUUGUGAAGAUUGUAGAAUAAGAGAACAGUCUAAUGCACUUUCACACCAGUUCCGCAGCAAACGUUCAUCAGAGUUCAGUUAUCCAGAAGAUAAGAAUACAAGGGAUGCUGCACCAAGGUCUGAUAAACAACAAGGAAGGUACAAGCAAGACUUCAGUGAAUUUUUGAACUCAACAGUUUUUCCCAGUAAUCACGAGGCUCCUCAGGAUUUCAACAGUUUUGUGGUGGAAGUGCAAAAGACUAUCACUUCCCUUCGGACCCAGAUCAACCAACUAGAAUCACGUCUGAAACACUAUGGCUGUACAGAUGAAAAGGGAAAUCAUAUGAAUGAAAAUGAUCAUUGGAAAAAGGAAGACUGCACUACCUGUCACUGUAAGAAUGGCCAGGUAACUUGCUACGUGGAGAAAUGCCCCCUUCUCAAGUGCACCAAAUCUACCAAAAAGAAAGGGAAAUGUUGUCCUGUCUGCAUGAAGUCAGCAAGCAGAAAAUAAUCUUCUGUAUAGUUCUGGAAAAACAAACGCAGUACUUGGAAAAAAAAUAAUAAAAUGUUUCUCAGCCUCUUGCAUUGUCUACUGAUGUCUAGAUAACAAACAAAGACAGGGGGCGAAAGAACUUUCUGGCCAUAUUUUGGCCAAUGCUGGCCCUCUGCACUAGUCCCUUUUCUUACUUUAAGCAAUCUCUCAGUUGAAAGAACGAGUCAGUUUAAUCAAAGUGUUAAGGUGUAACUCAGUAAUGAAUUUAUGGAACUAAAACUGCUUGCAGUUCAAAUAUUAAACUGCUCACACUGCAAGCACAUAGUAUAAAAUAAAAACAAAAAAUGCUGGGAGUACUCAGCAGGUCAGCAGCUUCUGUGGCGACAAAAUCACAGUUAACUUUUCAAGUCAAUGACCCUUCAUCAGAAGUGGUUCUAAUGACAAGUCAUUGACCUAAAAUGUUGGCCUGAUUUCACAGUUGGUGGCGAUGUGACAGCACUUACCACUGAUUUUGAAGAAAGCUAACCACAAAGAUCUAGUGAUCCCUGUAGCAUGGAUUUUCCUUAUCCUGAUGUUAAUUUAAAUCCCACACCAAGUCAAGAGAAUCUCCAGCCAUCGAGCAGCAUUGAUGUCAAGAAGCAGAAUAAGCAGCCAGCCAUGUUGAUGUACUCUCACAGACAGCAACCCAGGAACUAAAAUGCCCUUCACUUUAAAUUAUAUUUUAUAGAGACCGAAAUAAAUAAUUCGGAAAUACACAUCGAACUAAGGGGGAAACCAAAAUGUAAAUAAGCUAUUAUUUUAAAAAGAGGUAGAGUUUUUAUAAUGGAGAAAUUUGAUAUCCCACAAAUGUAAAAUGACUUUUUCAGGACAGAGAGAUCUUUCAGCAAUAAUUAUGAACUUAGUAUGAUGUUCAGCCCCACAUCAUUCAACAAGGUGUAAUUCUUUCCAGUGUUUGUAUAGUGACACUAAUCACAUAAAAGGGAAAGUUUUUGUCAGUUCAAUGAUUUCUAAUUGAGUGCAGUGUGUGGGCACUUCAGCAGCGCAUCCCACUGGUGCAGCAGAGAACUGGUACAGUAAUUUCAGGGUUUCCACAUUCAACAGCGCAUGUACAUAUUCCAGAAGCUGCUGUCAGUUUCAGAUAAUUAAUGACAAUGAUUGCUGACAGUUUCACUGUCAUUACUGCUGCAAAACCUGUGCCAUUACCUUUGUUUCUCUCUCCACAUAUGCUGCCUGUUCUGCUAAGUACCCCAAGCAUUUUCUGAUUUUAUUUGAGAUUUCCAGUAUUGCAGUAUUUUUCUUUUGCAUAAGGAUGCUGUGAUUUGUCUAAAAAGCAUCACUAUUUAUCAUGCUGUCAAGAUAUCUUAUCGUUUAAAAACUCAUUAAUAGAUAUCACAGUUAUAGUUUGCAUUUUUAAUUAAUUUAUUUUUUGAAGCAGUGAUAAAUACUAAGGUAAAGUUCACUGAGAAGUGAUUAUGUUGUCUUCACAUACACUAUCCAAUGACUAACCAUUUGGUAUUUUCCAACUGUAUGCUCAAUGUUUUGUUUGAGGAAACUUCAAACGCCAUGAUGGUGAUUGUGAAAAGACCCAUUAUCUUCAUUCUAACAAAUGUACCUCACACCUUCAUAAAGCCAGGGAUGUGUUGUGCACAAAUAUGGUGCUGAUCAAUUAUGCCUCAAAAAUGGAUUAUUGUUGGAUUGUAUUUUUUAUUUUCUAAUUUUAUAUAAAGUUUUGUACCAAUUCAACUAUAGUACCAAUGAUUUGAUGUAACACUUGAAAUGCUCAGUUUUAAAGCCUGUUAUUAAAGUAAUUAAAUAACAAUCUUUAUGAUAGAAUUUUAAGCAUUGUACAGUGAAUAUUUGAAACAUGACUAAAAUACAUCAAUAUACUUACAUUUCACAAGCACUAAGAACAUGUUUUAUGUGACUAUAUAUGCUUUGACCUAUGGUGCUACACACAAUUUAUAGUUCUUUCUUGAAGAAUAACUGAUACUAUUUUAAAAAGUUCCAAAUUUAUGGGCAGAUUGGUAUCGGAAACCCUUGGUGCUUUAAGAAUUUUUGUAUUCAUUGAUACUUGGUAUUUGCAGCGAAAUCCAUUUAUACACCAACUUUGAUUCUUUUUGCGCAUUCAUUGCAGCUGAAUUAUGUUGAAAAUUGUAAUCAUCUUUAUGUAUUCUGAAGUGAUUGUAUUUUAAAAAGUAAUUUUAUUUAUAACUUUUAAUGCACACAGCCAAAUAAAAAUCUAGAACUGAGAAAGCUUUAUCAGGCAUUUCUGUGACAUACAUGGUGAUUAUAUUUUCAAAUGCAUUUCUUAAAUUAAUGUCGGUAUUCAUAUAUAAGAAUAGUCCUGAAUACAGAAAGUUUUUUGCUUUGACAUCCAAUGUUGGUUGAUGGAUAAAUAUCCAUCCCUUGCUCUUUUUAGAAACAGCACCAUGGGAUCCUUUAUGUUCACCUGUGUUUUGAGCUCAAGUAUCUGGAGUGGGACUUGAGCCCAUAACCACCUGACUCAGAGGUGAGAGUGUUGCCUCUAAGCUACAACUGAUUUCUAUUAUUAAUUCUCCUUUUAGUGUUCUCUGCUGCACUGAAAGUAAUCCCUGUAUCUCAAGUUUCUCCUCAUUGAUGCAUUCAAGGGGCAACUAGAUAGAUAUGAUGGAGAAAGAAAUAGAAUAGAGUUAGAUGAACUAGGAUGGGAGGAAUUUUGUCUGAAGCAUAUGCCAUCUGAGGCCAAAUAGUUUUUUUCAAUGCUGUCAAUUCUAUGCAAUAACAUUCGUGUACAGUUUCAUUUUUGCUAGUUAACAAAUGUGUAAGUUACAAAAGAAGUUCAGUACAUAAAAGGUUAAUUUUCACCUUUUCAUUUUAGUGAUGUAUGCCAGUGGCAAAACACUUGUUUUGGAGUUCUUUUUAUGUAAUGUAAGAGUCCUCAUACCAGCUACGGCUGUAGUGUGCAACAAAAUGUACUGUAGGUUUUACGCGACUUUUUAUAAUGUUACAAUGAUACUAUGACACUGUUGUUGUCUCUGAAAAUUAUACUUGGUCUGAGUGCAUUUCAGUGAUUGAAUUUUGUCUGUAGUCAACAAAAUGGAGACCAUUAAACCAUUUCAAAGUGC